AUGGAUUCUGGGUACAGAGGAAAUGGAUCUGGAGAUGAUAAUGAUCAGGAUAGUUCCAGCUCUAGAAGAGGCAAGAAGCAUUAUCAUCGCCAUACGUCCCAACAAAUUCAGCAACUCGAAGGGUUUUUCAAGGAUUGCCCACAUCCAGAUGAGAACCAGCGACGACAACUGAGUAGGGAACUAGGAUUGGAGCCUAAGCAGAUCAAAUUUUGGUUCCAAAACAAAAGGACACAAACAAAGGCUCAGGGUGAGAGGGCAGAUAACAGUGCACUUCGAACAGAAAAUGAAAGAAUUCACUGUGAGAAUCUGGCGAUGAGGGAGGCGCUGAAGAACGUCGUCUGCCUAAACUGCGACGGUCCUGGUCUCGGAGAAGAAGAGAGAAAACGCGGUCUGCAAAUUCUGAGAAUGGAGAAUGCACAGCUCAAGGAAGAGCACGAGAGAUUAUCAGCAAUGAUUUCCAAUCUGAUGGGAAGAUCCAUGGUGGUGGCGCCACCUUGUAGUGGAGUUUUGCAUGAAGAAAGCAACUACCUGCUGGCCGGAGGGUUAUUAGGCGGCGACGGCUCAUCACCUCCCGUUGAUCAGAUGGAGAACGUCCACCGGAAUAUUAUUCCUCGGAAUAAUAACAAUAAUCCGGCGGUGGUUUCAUCGCAGCCGUUGACGCUGGGUGGAGGAGUGCAAGAGAUGGAGAAAAGCGUGAUGAUUGAAACAAUGGCGGCCGCCAUGGAAGAGGUUAUUGAGCUUCUGCAAGCGGAUGAACCCCUGUGGAUACGAACCCCCGAAGAGGGGCGAUUAGUUCUCCAUCGCGAAACCUACGACAGAGUUUUCCCCAAGGUGAAUUACCUGAGAAGCGUCAGUACUAGGACGGAAUCAUCCAAGGAUUCCGGCGUUGUCGCCGCCAACCCGGCUGAACUCAUCGACAUGUGUCUUGAUCCAAGUAAAUGGAUGGAUUCCUUCCCAACAAUUGUGGCAACGGCUAGGGUCAUUGAAGUUCUUGAUUCUGGAAUGCUAGGAGGCUCCUUACAAUUGAUGUAUGAGAAAAUGCACAUUCUAUCACCGAUGGUGGCGCCUCGAGACUUCAUUUUCUUACGUUAUUGCCGACAACUGGAUUCAAGCGCAUGGUUAAUGGUUCAUGUUUCAUAUGAUUGCUUCAAAGAGAACGAGGGUUUUGCUCCAUCUUACUCCUGGAGGCUUCCCUCUGGAUGCUUGAUUCAAGAUCUGCAUAAUGGCAAAUCCAAGGUUACAUGGAUUGAACAUGUUCAAGUGGAUGAUAAAGCACAAACUCAUCGCCUGUAUAGAGAUUUAAUCUGCGGCAGUCAAGCCUAUGGAGCGAACCGAUGGAUCGUUACACUUCAAAGAAUGUGUGAACGUUAUGCAUUCUCCAUGGGAUUAAGGGGUGCACCUACCGCUAAACAUGAACUUGAAGGAGUGAUUAAUGAGCCUCAAGGAAGGAGGAGCGUGAUGCAGUUAUCACAGAGGAUGGUGAAGAGCUUCUGCGAGGUACUGAACAUGGGUGAAAGAGUAGAUUUCCCUCAAUCGUCGGAGAUGAACAAUAGCGGCGUCAGGAUUUCGAUUCGCAAAAGCGCCGGCGAAACAGCCCAAUCUGCAGACGCAUUGAUCGUCUGCGCUGCUUCGUCUCUCUGGCUUCCUCUUCCCUUGGACCAUCUCUUCAAUUUCUUCAGAGAUGAUCAGUUAAGAGCUCACUGGGACGUUCUUUCUAAUGGCUACCCCGUCACCGAGGUCGCCCGCAUCCCUACCGGAAAUCAUCCCGGAAACUGUGUCUCCAUUAUUCAGCCUUAUGUUUCGAAAGAAAGCAGCAUGCUGAUGCUGCAAGAGAACUGCGUUAACUCGUUGGAAGGUCAUGUGGUGUACGCUCCGAUGGACCUCCCGGUCAUCACCGCCACCAUGAACGGCGAUGAUCCGAUCAAAUUUCCGAUGCUCCCGUCGGGGUUUGUGAUCAGCGGCGACGGUCGUCUGGAAAAGAGAAGCUCAACGUCGAGCAGUAAAAAGGGACAAGGUGGGUCCCUGUUGACCGUGGCGUUCCAGAUAUUGAUAAGCAACGGCUCUCUCUCAAAGCAGGUCAACAUGGACUGCGUGGCCACCGUGCACGCCCUCAUUAGCUCCACCGUUCAGAAGAUCAAAACCGCUUUGGAUUGCUCCGAUUUGGAAUGAUUUAGUGUUUUUCUUCAUAAUUCAUAUUCUCUGCAUUUCUUCAGAUUGUUCUCUGUUUCAGACUAAAUCGAAUAUCAUAUUAUCAUACUUUCCUUUGAAUAUUUGAAUUU